GGUGGCACGGGGUGUGAGAUAGCAGAUCCUUCAUUCAUUGCGCCGGGGCGGGUCCGUUUAUUUUAGACAUUUGAUUGUGUUCCAGCCAAUCCAAAUAUAGUCGUAGACAGGUAUUUUUAGCGGAAGCGUGUCCCCGUUACCACUUACCAGGGAACAACCUUAUGAUAUCCCCAUACUGUAAUGGGAGAAAGUAGAGAACCGAUAGCCUCGGGUAAUUUCGCUGCCCGUUGGCUGAAAAUGAAGCUCUUUUCGCAGGUCUCUCAAUUCUAACCAUGUUGUUUAACUCGCUUUGGCUCUCCGGAAAAGCUGGACAGUAUAAGUUCGGACGUCCCGAGGACACUAAACAGGUUUCGGCUGUUGUGCUAAAUGUUUUUGUAUAUAGAAAGGCAACCGUUUAAAAAGGGACAGUUCGUACUAAGCUAAGUCUCGCGACAAAAUAUCGCUAAGAAUUUUUCUUAUAUCGUUAACCGAUGCAUUGUCAAUUGAGUAGCAGGAAUAGUCGGUAAAAGACCACAGGUAAUUUUUCUUCCACAGCUCACGAAAAGCUGUUGCAAAGAAGUUGUAAAUAAGGCGGUUCUUGCUAAGCACAGGCAUCAGGUCCAUAUCUGUAAAUAAACCAUAUAAAUGCCUGGAUAAAGAUAUAUUGUAGCGAGCAAUUGCCUUGUUAUAUUUAUGUAUUUAUGUUUGCCAAAAUACAAACUUUCGUUUAUAUUUUGCCCAUUUCCCAACUUCAAGAAGUCCAGUAGUACAUCAGGUGGUGGUCUGUAGUUGAGGGGAACAUGUUCCGCGUCGCGAGACCUGGGGCUAGGUAUGGAAAGGGUGCGCGCGCGGAGGGAAACUCGCUCCUUGCUUUGCCGUCACGGGGAAUCCCCUCUCCGUGACCUUCCCCCGCCUCUUUAGACGCUUAAAGAGGGAGCGGGUAAACCGGGUCAAGUGAUAUUAGCCUCGUUUGUGACAAGACAAGUUCUGCUUUUAGUGUUUAGAGACAACUGGUUAAAUGACAUAGCCCACCUUUUAAAGAACUACAAACUGGCUCAGUAUUUACAGGUAUGACUUAUGUGCAAGCAGAAAACAAAACAGAAGUCAAUGUGAGUGUCAUAAAAGCCCCAUAUUUGGGAAAACAUCUCUUAAAAAAAAAAAAAAAGCAAAUAUAUUGUAAUUUUAAAAUUGUGAUUUUCAGUCCCAGAAAAAAGUCUUGGAAAAAAAAGUCUAUUUUUUUUUAAAUUACAAGAACCAAUCCUGUAAUUAUAAAUGACCCUAAAGGGAUGUUCUGUCUUGAUAAAGGCACAACUCUCAGACAUUUACGUUUUUUACAUUGUCACUGGUCUCAAGAAAAAAAAAAAAUGGCUCCCGACUGUGACUAGUAAGCACAUUAUUACAAUAUGACUUUAUCCAUAUUUUCAAUAGGCUCUGCACUAACCACAACAUCUGUAUAUUAUGUUUAUUACAACAGAAAUUCACAUGCUUUUUCAUUUUAAAGUCAAUGCAGUCACACUUAAACACCUUUUUAUGUUACUCGUAUCGAUCUGAAUGAGGAUGGCUGCUUUAGUGGGGGCUUUUUAUUUAUAAGGUCACACUCCCUCGAUCUGAUUAGAACAGUGAACUGAAACCAUAAGGUCAGGAAAGGUUUAAAAUUAGAAUCCGGAGAAUAUCCUUCCUAUAGUACUUCUAAUGAAUAGUAGGCCCAAAUUUUAUUAUUUCACAUGAACAAAUACACAAAUAGUAACUGAAUAUUAUGAAUAAUCAGCACAUUUACAAAGGUCUUGAACUUUGCUCUUUACAAUAGAAAGACAGUGAAUUUCAAGUUUAAACUCCCACGUUUUCCGGCAGUGAUUGUAUAAUGGAUACAUCUAUGAGUGACAUAUCCAAUGGCUUUUACAGCAGUGACUCAUCACAAAGGAAGACUGCUUUCCUGGGCUGAGAUGAAUGUGAUAAUAGUCAUGUGAUGACUACAAUCAUUUAAGAUAAUGCUAUUAGCAAAGUCCAGUAGUGACGACCAUUAUUAUUGUCUUAUCUUAAACCACACAUUAACUAGCAAGAAUGUUGUGAUUGUAAUUUGCAUUGUGGGCAUAUAUUCACAUAUUCAUACGUGAAACAGGUAGCUGUGCAGCAACUGAGUGUUAUUUAAUUGUUAUUUCAAGCAUAUCACUGGUUGACAAGCUUAAAGGUCAUGCGUGGUAAAAACUAUUUGUUAGUUUUGCUUGUGUUUGUGAGUGGGCGUUUGUACUUAUGUAUGUUGAUUACACAAGCAAUGACCUGGAUGUGAGUGAAAUCCUUAAAGACGUUUUUUUUUGUUUGUUUUUUUAAUUAAGUGUGAAGUGUAAUUUUAUAUGUUUGUAUGUCCAUGUAUGUGAUGUGACUAUACUAAUCUACUUAGCAGAAAAGGGAAGCUUCUAGGAGUGGAUAUACAAAUGUUAUUUUACUUUUCUUCUAUAAACCCAUGGACAUUACUGUGUUAAUAGAAGUUAUACUUUUUCUGUGUAGAUUUCCCAAAAAUGAAACGCACAUGCUUUUACUGAGCACAUUGGCUGGAAAUGUUGCUUGCCUCUCAGGCUCUCCAAUGAACAGGAGAGCAAUGGCCAAGCUCGGAGGUGGUCACCAUUCACUGCCAACAUAUGGACAAGCACAAACACAACUGAAAUAAACAUAUUUGACUUGCUGUCCUUGGAGGGCUCGAUCUAGCGACUUGACCUGAAACUCGGCUUGGUUAAAGAAAAACCAGCAGAGAAGUUGGGGUUGGGGUGGUGGAAGGAUUCCGGAAAACAGUCGCAGGACUAAGGUUCUGACCAGGACAGGAUGGUUCGGGUGGUGUUCCUGCACCCUGAUCUGGGUAUAGGUGGAGCGGAGCGUCUGGUGGUGGAUGCAGCUGUAGCUCUGCAAUCUCGUGGAUGCAACGUUCAGAUCUGGACGGCACACUAUGACCCUCAGCACUGCUUCUCUGAGACUCUCUCACCUGAUCUGCCUGUGGUGUGUGUUGGCGACUGGCUGCCCACCAGCGUGUUUGGAUAUUUCCAUGCUCUCUGUGCAUACCUGCGCAUGAUCUACCUAACUCUCUAUCUUGUGCUCUUUAGUGGGGAGGAGUUUGAUGUUAUUUUCUGUGAUCAGGUUUCAGCAUGUAUUCCCUUUUUGCGUUUGGCACGUCACAGGAAGAAAGUCCUAUUCUACUGUCAUUUCCCUGACCAACUACUGACUCAGCGUCACUCUGCUCUAAAGCGCCUAUAUCGUGGCCCCAUCGACUGGUUUGAGGAACUGACCACAGGCAUGGCCGAUCGAAUUUUGGUCAACAGCCAGUUCACUGCAAGAGUCUUCAAACAGACGUUCCCCAAACUAGCUGAGAUCCACACCGACGUCCUUUAUCCCUCUCUGAACUCGGCAGCUUUCGAUGAUGAAGUAGAGGACCUCGGCGGGCUGCUCCCUGAGGGGCGGAGCUUCCUCUUUCUGUCAAUCAACCGCUAUGAACGCAAAAAGAACCUGCCGUUGGCACUGCGAGCAUUAGCGGCACUGAAGGAGCGUCUUUCUACAGGGGAAUGGGAGCACGUGCACCUCGUAAUGGCAGGGGGCUAUGAUGAACGUGUGGUUGAGAAUGUAGAGCACUACGAAGAGCUGCGUUCACUAGUGGCCUCUCUUGGCCUGGAGGACCACGUCACAUUCCUGCGCUCUUUUUCAGACAAACAGAAACUGUCUUUGCUGCACAGCAGCACUUGUGUACUGUACACUCCCAGCAAUGAACAUUUUGGCAUCGUACCCAUUGAAGCCAUGUACUUGCGUUGCCCCGUUAUUGCAGUUAACUCGGGUGGACCACUAGAGUCUGUGGCCCAUGACGAAACAGGCUUCCUCUGCGAACCCACCCCUGAGUGCUUUUCCGAAGCAAUGCGGAAGUUUGUUACAGACCCUAAACUCAAGCAGCGCAUGGGGCAGGCUGGCAGAGAGCGGGUACAGCAGCGCUUCUCGCUGCAGGCCUUCACUGAGCAGCUCUACAGUCAUAUCACCAACCUUACCCAAUAACCAAUUAUGACAUAAUAAAGGCCAUUCCUCUUCAGACCAACACACGGAUGCAUUCUGCCGGUCCGGUUGCUGUGGAGGGACUAAUGAAAGUAUGUCAUCUCUAAUGAAAGAAAAGAGCAGCAGGAGUUAACAUGGCUUAAGAGUUCAAUACAAGCCUUGAAGAAUGUGGAGCACUCGUCCGACCGAGAGGGUAAUGAAUUAUCGUGCACCAGCCACAUUGAUCAAGCGGGUCAUUGCGAGGCCUGAGGACCAUAUGUGUUUGUAUUUUUUUAUGCCAAAGGACCAUUAGAGAGUUUCUCGGGCAGAAAUCGAUAGAGAAGUUUCCGUGCCCUGCUCUGUUCGCCAAUGUCUCCGCUUUUGUUUAGUGAUAACAAUGGAGGAUGUUAAGAGUUAUUAAAGUCUCAAACUAAAGAUCCUCAUAACAAGUUUGUUCGAGUAGAAAAAGAAAAAGUUUUCUUAGGACACUGAAGGUCAUAUGCUGUAUUGGGUUUGAGGUCGUUACUGACUGUGUAUGUCCUCAUUCUAUUGAUACAAGACCAAAGCCCAGAUUAAAUGAGAUGCUGUCUCGGGUUUGACUUUGUCUGUUGAAGCUUUUAUUUUUGUAUACAUUGGAUACAGACUGACCAGACAGAACAGUAGCCUAUUUACUUUACAUGAAAACAGAUCACUGUUACUUUCUUUUGAGCUUUUUUUUUCUUCAAAUUUCCCAAAACUCCAGUUAAAUGAAAAUCCUGUAAUUAUUUAAUCACCCUCAUGUUGUUCAAAACCUGCAUGACUUAAUUUCUUCUGCUAAACACAAAGAUAUUUUGAAGAAUAUUUCAACUGUUUUUGUGCAUACAAUUAAAUACAUGUUUUGGACCCCAUUGACUUUCAUUGUGUGGAUCAAAAAUUAAAAAUGUUUUCUUUUGUGUUCCACAGAAGAAAGAAAGGUUUGGUUUGAAAUUACAUGACGGGAAUGGAUGAUGUUUUUAUUUUUUGUGUGAACUAUCCAUAUAAGUCUAUUUAAUUCAGUGGUUCCCAGCUUUUGUGAGUCCAUUGCCCACAAGAAGUAUUUUUUCUGUAAUACAAAAGCUUUGUUUUCAAAAUUGUUUUCCAGAUAUUUUAAGUGCUGUUCUUCAGCUAUCUUUUUAACCAAUGCAUUUACAUGACUUACAGUUAUUCAUGAUUUACUGGAUAUGGAUUAAGAUAAUAAUAUAAUAAUAUAUUUUAGAGCUUAAAAUAAAUGUAUAUUUGUUUUAAAAAUGCCCAUGGUGUUUUAAGAUUUUAAUGAUUUCUAUCAUUUUUCCAGGUCUAGAAAUCACACUUUCAAAAUUAGACUACCUCAUACAUCCAGGUUUUCCAAGACUGUGGAAACUCAAAGGAAACUGUUGUUGAGGAGGUGAAUUAAAAAUAAGAAAUAUCUUGAUUUUUUUAGGUGCGUUUGCUUAUUUUGAAGCUUGUU